AUAAAACAUUUUCAAAUGUUGGAGACGUGUGCAACCACUUUGUAUUUAAUAAUUGCAUAUAUAUAAUGCAUGUUACUAUUAUCGUAUGUACAUAUAUAUUUUUAAGGCAAUAAGAGCACCUUCACCUCCAAGUAAACGAUUUGUGGCAUCAUCAUCAACAUCAUCACCAUCACAAUCAAUAAUCAUCAAGGUCCCUAUUAAUUCUCAACACCAAGCAUCACGAUGAAAAUGUUUAUUUAUAUACCAGUUUUAAAUAUUAAACUACAACUUUGUUUAUUCACCAUAAAAAAUUUUUUUCUUCUUAUAUACUUAUUUGUUGUCAAUAUAUACAUAUUAAUAUCUCAUAUGCGUGUAUGACGUAAUAGAUAAAUACUAGUAAAGGUAGAAAAAAAAUAAAAAAAAAAAACAAAUUAAUGGUUUUAUAUUACUGACUUCCACUUUGCUCUUGACUUGAUCCUCAAUACUGGUUAAUAAUUCUUUGCUCAUUCUUCAAAGUGAUUUCUAACAUAACAGAUCAUUUAAAAAUAAUCUUCUUCUUCAGCUUCAGUUAAUCUGAAAUAUUAUUAAACAUCAAAUUAGAUAUAAAUUAUUGAUUAUUGAUUGUAAAUUAAAGUAAUUAUGUUUGUUAAAAUAUUUUUUAUACUUACUAUAUUCUUCAUGGGUAUCAAUUGUGCACCCGUUGAUGAAAAUACAGAAACUAAAGAUAGAACACUUUAUGUUAGAAGUUUACCUGGUUAUCCAGGUGUUAGAAGUGAUCUUUAUGAAAUCUACAUGGAGCCAUACUAUUACGCAAUUGGAACAAAAUCAUCAGUUGAAGUUAAAGCAUAUGAUGAAUCAGGUAUGCCAAUUGAUGGUCCAAAGGGAAUUUUAAUGUUGGAACAGUAUCCCGAGGGUGUCAGGAUAACAGGAAGUAUCAUGGGAUUACAACCAGGACAACAUGGUUUACAUGUUCAUGAAAAAGGUGAUUUAAGCAAAGGAUGUAUGUCUUCUGGUGCUCAUUAUAAUCCCUACAUGGAACCUCAUGGAGGACCAAUGGAUCCACUUCGUCAUGUUGGUGAUCUUGGCAAUAUUGAAGCUGGAGCAGAUGGUACAGCACAAGUUGAUUUACUUGAUAAUUUAUUAACAUUAACUGGUGUACGUGGUGCUAUUGGACGUACAAUUGUUGUUCAUGAAAAACCAGAUGAUUUUGGCAGAGGUAAUAAUGAAGACAGUAUGAAAACUGGAUCAGCUGGUGCACGUCUUGCUUGUGGUAUUAUUGGCUUCGUGUAAAAAAACAUUUAUCAUAUAUUAUUAUUUUUUUUUUUUUCACGGACGUGUUAAUGUAACACGCAGGAUAAUUUGUUACUUAUUAUAUAUUCAUUAUAGUAAAUAAAAAAAUUGAUUUAUUAUUCAAUAAAAUUUAAUCUUAUGUAGCUAAGAAACUGGAAUUAUUUUUUAUUUUAACUGAGGAAAUUAAAUAUUAUACUUUUGAAGGUGGAAAAUUAUUAUAAAACAAGUUUAACGAACUGAGGGAGGCAAAUGACCUGUGAAAAAAAAACAACUUGACAGAUUUUUAUCGUAACAUUGAUCAUUUGCAAGGGUGGUUUAAAAAAAAAAAUUUAAAAAAAU